AUGUCUGUGGAUGCUCCUGCUGGUCUUUCAGCGUUCCCCGUAACCAAAUUUGCUAUGGUAAUCACCGGUUUAAUCCCCUUAUUGGCCGCAAUAUCCAGUUACAAAUAUGUCUUCUACACAAGCUAUAGUCCAUUCCUCUCAGAAUACCAUCAAUAUUACAAGUUACUGAUAUUUCAACUUGCAGCAGUGAAUGAGACAGAUGUGAUUCUUCUCAUCUUAAUAUGGUAUCAACUCCGUAAUUUAGAGAGAGUAAUGGGAUCCUUCAAAUAUAUCAGUGUUAUCGCCUUGACAUACAUAUAUACAACCAUAUUGAUAUCGUCUCUGAACCUAUUAGUUAAUUGGACAAUUCCAUGGACAAUAUGGAACAGAUACCCAACGGGAACGCUACCUGUCGUUCUGGCAUUGUUCCAUUUUUACAAAGAAUAUACUCCACAGGUGUACGAAUUCAAUGUUUUAUUGACACAGCCUCUUUUCAGCAGUGAAGAUAAAGGGAACAAACAAAUGGAGUUGAAAUUGAAUGACCAAUUUUUAUUAAAUUCAUUAUGCUUUUUGUUAUGUUUAAAUCAAGGUUUGGUAGGAAUAAUAUGUGGGUUUGUAAGUUGGUUGUGUGGUGUGUUUAUGGAGAAGGGAUUAUUGCCCGGUGUAGAUACCUUUAGAUUGCCCUUCAUUAAUAAAUUACUCUUCAAUCGUGUUAAUUCAAGAGGUUCACAUGUGGUGAGGAGUCUGGUCCAAAUAUCAGAGGACCCCCACCACAUGGGCCAGGAUAAUGGGUCAAGGACCCCACUUUUAGCAAAUGAUUCCAAUACCAUUUUGGGAGGCACAAAUAGUUCUCUGGGAGAUGAAGAAAAUACUGGAGAUGAACCAAUUCGUCCAUUGGGGGUUCAAUUCUUGGAUACUUUUAGAAGAUAG